AUACGAGGUAGAGAUUAGUGUGGGGAGCGCUCGCCGCUUGCCUUUCCAGCUCAAGGUUGGUUUCGUAGCGACAGAAAGAGUUAUGAAGCCUCAGUGUGUGUGUGUGUGUGAGCUGGACAGUAACGUCGCUAAGCUGGCGAAACAUAACAUGAGGAGGAUUGAGUGCAGAGAAAAUCGUGGACGUUUCGUGAGGGGAAAAUCAACUAAUCCCUGAAGACUCAUUCCUGUGCAAUAUGUGAUGGCAUGACCAGUAAGCUUAGCUUCGGGGCCCAGUUUCACAAGCGAAACUCCAUGAGACCUUUCGUUCCGGGAUGGAGUGGAAAGGAACUUGCGGUCGUAAACACGUCUUUUAUGCUUGCCUUGGCUUGACGCUUAUAUAUUUCUUACAGAUGCAUUUGCAAGACCCUUCCACGCGGUUGCCAAAGUUUAGACCCAAACCAGAGUCCGCGGGGUUAAAGGUAAACGAGCUCCAGCCGAAAAACGAAUCAGCAUCGGACAGCCUGCUAAGUGUCCUGAAUAACAUUUUCGAAAUCAGUAGUGUGAUUAAAAACAGUCAGUUAUUGUCACUUUCAAAGGCGGGGGAAGAGGUUGGGCGUCCACCAACCAGUAUCACCACGUCCUCGGGAACCGACCCUAGAAAUGCCACGCCCGCACACAGACAGGCAUCGGCCGGCCAUGCCCAGCGCCCCAUCGUCACCCCUCUUCAUCCGCCAGUUUCCGAUCCGGCUCAGCCAGGCAUCCGCCCAGCCGCGACUUCCCAAUCACUUCAUGCAGUCCAAGCGCACGCCGAUGAAAGCCAUGUUUCCACCAACCAGGCAUCCGCUCCCGGAACCCAAGAUCGAGCCUCUGCUUCCAACACUUCAAGAACGGAGCUCCGCGCCCCCGCCCCAGCCCCGUACGGCGACCAGCCAGCCACCCUCUCACCACACAUCAUCACGAAGGAGCUCCCAAAGCCCCCCUCCCGCCGAAAGUACCCCCUUACCCUCCCCUCCCAGCCUGGGACCAGCGCCAGUCCGGCCCGACGUCCUUCGGCCACCGUCUUUUUCUCGCAUGUCACUCAGGGAAUCGCAAGUGAAUCUCCCGGCCCCGGCUUGGCUCAGGGACACGACUCCCGCGUCGAUGCCGCCGCGCCUCAUUCCUCUGUCCAGAAGGUCGAACUUUCCUCUUCGAAAGCCCGUGUUCCACCCGCAACAUCCGCGCCCGUCACCCUCGCCCCGCCGGCUGUGAAAAGCAAAUGCGAAAAGCCUUGGGUGACGCUCUACAUGGCCGGGAGGUUGGGGAACCAGCUCUGUGAAUACGCGCACUUGAUGGUGCUGCAAAUUGAGCACGGCGCACAGGUGUACUUGAUGCCAAAAAUGCACAUUGCGCUACACAGACCUUUUCCGAAAAUAUCCAUUAAGGUGAAACCCAAGGAGUGUAAUGCCACCAAGCUUAAAACCUUCCCCUGGAGCAAGCUGGAUGCGAAGCUGAAGGAAGAAGGAAGUUUGAAUGCCUCGGCUGCUACCAUAGGAUACCCGUGCAAUGUUGAAAGGUUCUGGAAGUACAGGGAUACGUGGAGGAAGGAAUUCGCCUUCUCUGAUACCAUUCGUCAGAAGAAUCGCCAGAGGAUGAAGAAGGUACUGGAGCAGUGGCGCAGCAGGCAGGGCAACGUGACGAAAGAAGACGGGAAAGAAGCCAAUCCCGUGGUGGUCGGAGUCCACGUUCGACGGACGGAUUACAUCAAGUACCUCGCGAUGAAGACCGGGGGCGGAACUCCCCCAGGUCUCAGGUACUACAGCAACGCUUUCGAAUAUUACAGGAAGAAGUUCGGUCUCGUGGCCUUCGUCGUAUCCAGCGACGACCGCGCUUGGUGUCGCGUGCACUUGGAGAGGGCACAUCGUGAUGUUGUCGUGUCACCCAUGGGUACCUUCGAGGAGGAUCUGGGACUCCUAGCAAGUACCGCCCAUGUUGUGACGUCCGUGGGCACCUUUGGGUUGUGGGCGGGACUUCUAGCCCAAGGAAGCUUGACCUAUCCAUCCAAAGUUGGAAAAAAAGUCGAAUACUUACUGACGACAAGCCUCAACCAUAUACACACUCCCGAUAUCAUUCCCAUAUCGCCGGGCUAGAUAUAAAGCAGUGGAUCCAGAGGGUUGCCAACACUAUGCCCUCUACGGCAUGUUUCUUAUAAAUGAUCUCUUGUGUUUUAUUAGCCUCAUCUUUUCAUUUUCUUUACAUUUCAGAUUAUACUAAUCGUCAGAUUCACUUCUUAUACUAGGUUUAUCAAUGUAUAAGGGUGUUCCUAUUAAUUCUUUUGAUAUCAAUGUUCUUAUUUUACGGGCAUCUCAGAUCUCGCGCUUGCGGAUAUCUUUCAAAAUGUUAUAUUUCGUCAUUGCACUCUUUCCUUGAUGAAAUUGUUUCUUUAAUAACUUUUUUUACUCAAAAUUGAAUUUCGUGACAUCGUCAAAGGGCUACAUAAACCUCUUCUGCGAAGGCAAUAAACAAGGUCCUAAGGUACCUAUAGGCCAUCAAUAUUGUCAUAUUAAUGGGUUCUAUUUAACAGACUUGGCGGCCCACCAAUGUCUUACCGCGCUGACCCUCGUGUUGACAACUCGGGCUGAUAUCGCUGCAUUCCACCUCAGCGUCUAAUGGGCAAAUCACAGCGUGUUCAGUGAGAGAUCGAUCGGACAUAAAAAGGUUAAAUUCCUUUCGGCAGGCUAUUCAACCGCUCGGCCGGUUUUCCUUCGCGUCUUCUUUACUCUAUGUUAUUGUCGCCAUUACUUCAUUCUGCCAUGCCAUUAUCACCUACUGCAACAUAAUCCUUGUCCAAUUAUACACUCCCAAAGCUCUCACAAAAAUGAUCAGGAUGGCCGAGCCACUGACGAGGAACUAUGCACGGCAGCAACUCGGAUGCCGCUUAUCAUUCCUCCUGCAGCCCAGAGCCCUCCCCGCACGCGUAUUGCUCGUGCCAAAGAGGAUUGCAGAUGGCACCGGGUAUCCCCACUCUGCGCCCUUCUCUGCCCCUCCAUCCUCCCCUCAAGCCCAUUAAACUCUGCACUCUACAUGGUGGGUCAGGUCUCGGCCCUUUUCUCGUCCCGAAUUUUUUUUUCACUCGUAUCCUUUCCUAUCUUUAUCAUCCUUUUACAUCCGUAUUUUAGAGGCUUUGGUCAAUAAACAGAACACCCUCUGGAUUCAUGUCGAACGAAACCUGAUCCCAGUUCGCACCGGACCACAUUUAAGUUAUUCGCCUGGGAUUGCAUUUGCUGUAGGUUUUCUGUUCUUUUCGUGUUAUUUAUUUUACUAUUGCUGUUUUAAGGUUAUCGAAAGUCUCACCAAGACUUUGGUUAAUUCCGAUCGAUUUGAUAACUUUUUGUGUUUAUACAAUAUCACAUUUUUUUGUUUAGUUUUUUUGUGCUUUUAGUAUUUUUUUUCGUUUCAUAUAUUUUUACGCUUCGAUAAUGGACUUGUCUAAAAGUUCUGGCAGAUGCAUACUCUAUAAUAUACAUAAACUCUUUGGUUUACUGAUAAAGAACGUCAAAUCACCAGCGUGUGGAGGGAGAUCAAUGCUCCGCCUCGCAAUGCCUUCGAUCUGUAAGCUCACCAGUUCUCGAGAAUGGCCUUCCGAAUAUUUCUUCUAGAUAUAAACUGGAGUUCUUGGAUUUUUUUUUUUUGUUUUGUUUUUACAUAAAUGCAAAAGUUGAAGUCAAUCCUAUAUGUAACGAAUUCUGAAACCCGAAUGUGAAUGUGUUUGAAAAUAAUUAUAGUGAUGGUGAUUAUAAGAACUUGUAAUAAUAAUUGUGAUGAUGAUGAUAAUAAUAAUAAUAAAAACAACAACACUAUUACUAAUAAUAACAAAAAUAAGAAUAAGAAUAACAGCAACAAAAAGCACAUAUGCACUGCGGUGAUAUAAAACAUAUACAUUUAUACUACAAACUUGAACAAUUAUAAAGAAACUCGCCCUCACCACGUACUGGAAUAUUGUGCGAGUGGGACUGACGAUAAUGUGCUUGCGAGGAAGGUUUACAAAGUUGGUAUAGCAGCUCGUGUAAGUGGCAAACCGAAUUGUAUUGAUAUUUUAGAAUGCAAAUAGUCACCGCAAUGAUAGUUACAAUUAACCCUGUACAAAAUAUAAAGUGUAUAUUUUUUAAAUAAAAAGUUCACGUGA